AUGUCCUUUAACAAAAUUCCACCCUCGAUACGACGAUUGAUUAAUCUUUAUCAAAAUGUCACACACCAACAAAAUACAGCAUUUACAGAGGAAGUGGAAUCCUUUCUCCAAAACACAUCUGAACCGAAUCUACGGAACAAACGAUGGGCAAUCUUGGGUAAAAAUGCCAGAAAGGGGACGGAUUGGAAAAUAGAUCGAAAUAGAGAACGAAGAUUAUAUCAAGAUCCCAUACAGUUUGGCCCUAAUGAGCUAAAACAAACAAAGUAUUUAUUCAAAGAUCAAUCACAGUUUAGGAAAAAAGAUGGAUUACUACCAAAAUCACCGAAUGCUAGAAAAAACUCUAGUGUUUAUGGUGUAGAUAUUGAAUCUGCAAUUCAAUCGUAUUUCAAUCCCCUUGUAUCGAUCCCAGUACACAAACUGCACCAGCAAAUUUUCAAGUUUUACCUUCAGAGGUUAAUGAAUGCUCCAAUAAUAAUCAUACUCAAACAAAAGUGUGAUUUAUUUUCCACAGCAUCACUAGAUCAAUGGGAUCAACUGUAUUUUGAUUUGAGAAACAAUAUUAGGCAAGAGAAUGAAAGAAUCAAGGACAUGGAAUUACCUGUUUUAGAAUUGAGCAAAGUCGCUCACCCAGAUAUACUUUCCCUAGCAUUAAAGAGUGAAAAUUAUAUGAAAAAUCCAGGUGGAAAGUUUGAAAAAUUGGUUCAACAACUACCAUGGAAUGAUGUCAAGCUUGUCAAUGAUGAUUUAGCAAACCAAAUCGAAAAGGAACAACAAAUAAAGGUGUCGAAUGUAUUAAAUUUACUGGAGCUGGCCUAUGAUGACCCCUGCUUGACACAAAUGUUGGAUGAAUUGAUGCAAAUGAUUGAGAGAAGGGUUCAAGUGUCAACAAUUUUAAAAGCAUUACCUUACAAUUUAACCUAUAAUAAGUUCUAUAUGCUCAACAUACUAAAUCUUGAUGCUGAUUUUACAACAUUUGACUCGUUGUGGUCCAACGCCAACUUUGAAGUUAUUGGAGCUAGACUAGCUCUAGGUAAUGUCAAAAUUAGAUCCUUAUUGCAAAGCCUUAUUACAACUGAGGAUCUCCAACACGCUUCGAGCUAUGAAGAUAUUUUGAAAUUGGCCAAGUUACAUGACUCUGAUGGCCUUGGACUAAAUAGUGUCAUGCAAACAAUUGCUUCGACGGGGUUGACACAUACAAAUUUCAAUUCCAAGAAGGAUGCAUUGUAUCUAACUAAGGGAGAUUAA